GCCCGACUUCCAACGAGAAUCCAGGGUGCUACAUUGAAGAGGAACAAAAAGGCGACCUGACAGCGGUGUUUUCACUCCCUCCACUUUCUCCGGGGUAGUUACGGGAUUUCAAUGUUCAGCCUGAUCCUUGCUUUCUGUGUCGACUUCAGCCGUACCUAUAUGGCGUGUGUGACCGGAGAAUUCUGCCAGGCACAGCACCUCACCUCAGUGGAGAAGUGAAUCGGCCGCCCCCCGAGGGACUACGCUACCCAGAAACCUCCCUGACUGCCAGCACAUUAGGAACUGCUGACGUUUUUUUUUCCCAAAAGGCCUCCCUUCAUCUCUGGGAUAUCGCGUAGUCCUUGGCCCGACUGCCCUGCCCUAUCCCAACCAAUACGAAACAUAUUUGCUUUCCGCUUUCUCCUUGAACAGCCAAUCACAACCAACUCUCCUGAAUGGGCCGUCUCGCCAACAUGAACCGCCCUGCUGCAGUCGAGAUUAAACAUGAGGCCAUGAGGUUCCUUAUCACCCACAAUCCCACCAAUGCUACGCUCAACAAGUUUACCGAGGAGCUGAAAAAGUUCGAGGUAGACACGUUGGUGAGAGUUUGUGACGCCACCUACGAUAAGGCUCCAGUGGAGAAGGAGGGCAUACAAGUCUUGGACUGGCCCUUCGAUGAUGGCGCCCCUCCACCCACGCAGAUUGUGGACGACUGGCUGAAGCUGCUUAACACCAAGUUUCGAGAGCAACCUGGCUGCUGCGUCGCUGUGCACUGUGUGGCAGGGCUGGGCAGAGCUCCAGUCUUGGUGGCCUUAGCCCUUCUUGAGGGAGGAAUGAAGUAUGAAGACGCCGUGCAGUUCAUAAGGCAGAAGAGACGUGGAGCCUUCAACUCCAAACAGCUUCUUUACCUCGAGAAAUACAGACCCAAAAUGCGUCUGCGGUUCAAAGAUAACGGCCACAACUGCUGCGUGCAGUAGGCCGUCCGUCUGUGCAUCCGCUUUCAAUGCACAUCUAGUUCGGAAUCUUCCAACAAAGAGGAGAUAAUAACACAAAAAAAAGAGUGCUAUCAGUAAUUGUUGUGAUGAUUUGUAAACACUGAGUCAUGGUUAAUUGAUCUGAGAGAAAUCGAAUGAUCAAACAAAAUGAAACUAGAUCUGGGGAAGUCCACCAGCCGAACCAAUGAAUGGAAGGUCAAAGCACACAGAUGGGCCCGCCUCCCGGUUCUACAGCUCAACCAAACCACGGGCCAGAAUUUUAUUUUAUUUUUUUUUCCUCCACUCGAGUCCAUCCUGUACUUGUCUAUUUUUUUUUACUUCUCACUUUAAGUUGUAAUCAUGGGAUAUUUUACCUUCCAUUAUGUGAAUUUUAUUUUUACACAUACAUGGUUUUAAUUCUGAAAUGUUUUAAUUCUGUUCUUAUUUCCUUCCACUGCUAUUUGGCCUUUUUUCUUU